UUUUGAGAAGGAAUAUGGGUUUCUUAGAAGCAAAUCCAUAUUUUAAAACAGUGUGGCAGGUAUUUUUUGUUGUUGUUUUGGUUUUAGAACUUGCAAGGCACGAUAGACUCCACAGUUCAAGAUCAAAAUAAUACCUCAACAGUCCAAACAGGGCUCGAAGCAAGGACAUCCCAGCCCAGAGCAGAGCAGGACAAUGGCCUCUCUCAACUGGUGCCAGAAGAUAGGGACAGUUGUCAAAAAUCAGCUGGGGAAACAAACUUAAUGGAGAAACAGGUGAUCUUGGCACAGGAAAUUGCAGAAACAGAGGAAGAAGAAGAUGAGGAGAGUGUUCCUCAUAAAAGUGAAGAAAAUGAGCAUGCAGAACAGGGACUAAGCAUUAUGCAGUCAGCAUCCAAGAGCAGCGAGGCAGAAAGUGCUGAAAUUGCCACGGAGAUUUUCUCCACUGCUAGUGGAAACACUUAUACUGUUCUUGGAGUUGAAGAGGCAGGAAAGACUGACAUCACAGAGAGUUACCUUACAAGUUUUGAAAAAGAAGAAUCCCUUCCUAUGUAUCUGAAAUAUGUACUUCUCACAGAAGCCAUGUUUGUCAAGCUGAAGGAAAGGAUUCGCCUCUGCUUUUUUGAGCACUUGGAGAAAUGGUUUGCAGAAUCCUUGUCAAACUCCUAUGUCUUUGUAGCUGCCAAGAAAGAGGAGCUGAAUUCAAAACUUCUGCUGCAUCUUAAGUUGCAUCAAGGAAAGCAGGAGGAUAUACAGACAAAAAUCUACAAUGUUCGAGCUGAGGAACUGUCACUUCACAAAGAGCAUCUUGAGCGCCACUGUGCAGUACUGGCAGAAGGCCUGGAAAAGGAGAGAGCUGAAUUCCUCAGAUUUUCAGACCAGCUAAAUAACCUCAACACACACUUCAAUUCCCGAGUCAGUCACUUGGAGUUUGAGUUGCUCCACGCUCCUGUGACUGAGCAGUCAGCUUCUUCCAGCAACAAUCUGGAAUCAGAGCUCCAGAACCACCUGGAGUCAAUCAGGGUUACUGUGAGAAGUUACCAGCAGCACUUGGAGGAAGCAUUAGGAAAAUUAAGGGAUUCAAAUGUGGAUUUUCUCAAAAGUUGCAGAUUAUUUUCAGAGGUCGGUAACUUUUCUUCUGAGGAGGUAAAGUUUUUCAGCAAGUGUCUUCAGAAAGAAAGUAAAGAAAUUGACUCCUUUGAAAGUUCAAUCAAAACAGAUGUGGAGCAAAUAAAAUCGAGCUGCUUGGAGCAGGCUACAGAACUGUUCAAGCAGUCUCAAAAAAGGUUUGCUUCUCUCUCUCUGAGUCGAGCCUUUAUGAGGAAGGUCCAUCAAUCUUUGAGGAGGUUACGACAGCAAAUCAAAUCAGAGGUAGCGAAUUCCAAUUUGCAGUCAGCCACAUGAAAGUCUUACCUGGAAAAGCUCCAGCAGAAGAGAGAUGCUUACGUUCGUUCUACUGCAGAUAAAGAAGUAACUUCUAAUCAGCAUAAAAUGGCUUUAACUUCUGAAAAGUUGUAUGAUUUAGCCAGAGA